GGGUGGACGCUGCCGCCUAGGCCAGUGUUGUCCGCGGCGCCGAGGCGUAGCCAUGAGACGCGCGCUCUGCCGUGCCUGACCGGUUACUUUAGUUGGUGUGCCGACGCCUGCCCCGAUCGUCUGACCGCGCUCAGGAAAGAUGGCGCCCGCCAGCGGCUGCUGCGCAUUCCAGGAGCCUAUGAAGAUUCCCAUCGACCUCAGUAGCCAGUCAGACAUCCUCAAAGGUCCUGAGCUGAUACGUGUGUCCAAAUUCUACAAGGAGAGCAAGGAGGGCAAGUUCGUCAGCUUCUUAGAUGAGGACGUCCGGACCCUGUACGAGACAUUCAGAAAAGGCGCCAAGGAAUCAAAUAAUGGACCAUGCCUUGGAUGGCGUGAGGGACCCAACAGACCAUAUCAGUGGCUUAAUUACAAUGAAGCUCUCCUUAGAGCUAAAAAUUUUGGUUCGGGGCUGGUGGCCUUGGGACUGACACCUUCACCAACAACAUUUGUUGGUAUCUACAGUCAGAACUGCCCUGAAUGGAUCAUAACAGAGCAGGGUGCAUAUUGCUAUUCAAUGGUGAUAGUACCUCUUUAUGAUACUUUGGGACCUGAUGCUUGUGCUUAUAUAAUCAAACAAGCGGAAAUAAAUUUAGUUAUAUGUGAGGAUGAUGCAAAAUGUAAUAUGCUGUUGGAUCGAUCACCACGUUGUUUAAGGAAAUUAAUAGUAAUCAAAGAGGUUCGGCCAGCUACAAAUCAGAGGGCAAAAAACAGAGGUGUAGAAAUAAUCCGCUUUGAAGAAGUUGAGAAACUUGGAGCCCAGAAAGAUAACAGAGAGCAGCCACCAAAGCCAACUGACCUUUGCACAGUAUGCUACACAUCUGGGACAACAGGUAGUCCCAAGGGUGUAAUGCUGACUCAUUCAAAUGUUGUAGCUGCAGUGUGUGCUGUAAUCCUGCAGUUAGGAGAUCACCGGCCAAAUUGCAAUGACGUCAUGAUAUCUUUCUUACCUUUGGCACAUAUGCUAGAACGAUGCUGUGAGAAUGGCAUGUAUCUGGUUGGUGGUGCUGUUGGUUUUUACACUGGAGAUAUUCGAAGACUGUCAGAUGACUGCAAAGCACUUCAUCCAACAGUAAUGCCUGCAGUUCCACGCUUACUAAAUCGCAUCUAUGACAAAGUGAUGGCUGAAAUAAGUGGUUCAUUAAUUAAGAAAUUGUUAUUCAAUAUGGCACUGAGAACUAAGGAAAGUGAAAUUAAAAGGGGGGUCAUCAGGCGGAAUAGCAUCUGGGACAAACUUGUCUUCAGAAAGGUGCAAGAGCAAGUUGGUGGCCGUCUGCGACUCAUGCUUGUUGGCUCUGCACCACUUGCUGGUAAUGUGCUCACAUUCAUUCGCUGUGCCCUCGGUUGUCUAGUAGUGGAGGGCUACGGGCAGACAGAGUGCUCUGCACCAGUAACUCUGACUGUACAAGGUGAUCACGUUCCAGACCAUGUAGGGCCUCCAGUUGCCUGCUGCUGUGUCAAAUUAGUGGAUGUGCCUGAGAUGGAGUAUUAUGCAUCCAAUGGCCAAGGCGAGGUUUGUGUCAAAGGCACAAAUGUUUUUCUAGGCUACUACAAGGAUGAAGAGAAAACAAAUGAAACAGUUGACAGUGAUGGAUGGCACCAUACUGGCGAUGUUGGGCAAUGGCUGCCAAAUGGCACACUGAAGAUUAUUGAUAGGAAGAAACAUAUAUUUAAAUUGUCACAGGGAGAAUAUAUAGUUCCUGAAAAAAUUGAAAAUAUUUACAUUCGAAGCCAGUAUGUACAGCAAGUAUUUGUUUGUGGUGAAUCUCUAAAGUCAUGCAUAGUGGCAGUUGUUGUUCCUGAUGUUGAUGUUAUAAAAUGCUGGGCUCUUGAAAAUGGAAUACCAGGAACAUUUUCUGUGCUAUGCAGCCACCCAGAGGUUAAAAAGCUAAUUUUUGAUGAUAUGAUAUCAUGGGGCAAGGAAGCAGGCCUCAAGUCCUUUGAACAGGUUAAAGAUGUGUAUUUGCAUCCUGAUCCAUUUUCUGUACAAAAUGGUUUAUUAACACCAACACUGAAGAGUAAACGACCUCAGCUGAAAGCUUACUUCAAACCUCAAAUUGAAGAUAUGUAUGCAAAACUCGCAUAGACAUAUCAUUUAAAAAGUUAAUAAAACCGAUCAAGUUAUGAAACUGAGAAGGUGAUACUGAUACCAUGUAAGAAUCAUGGGAAUAUGUUUCUACAUUUUUCUCGAAUAUAUUUAUUUCCAUUAUUUAUAAUAUAUUUAAAGAUCAUAAAACAAUGUGAUAAGUUUUUCAUGAGGACAAAAACUACAUUCUUUUGUGAAAAUGAUGGAUCUACUAUCUGUGACUAUUAUUUUGAGAGACUUGUGAAUAUGAUAAAUGAAUGUGGAUGUCUGAAAGAAAAGUGCAUAUGAUCUUGGAAUGACAAAAAUGUUAAGAAACAGCAUUCGUCCUGUUAACAAUUUAAUGUUCUGAAUGAUCAUGUGUAAUUUAUUACUGCUUGUUAAAAAACUUCACAAGUGAGUGGCUGAUUCUUUAAAAAAAAAAACUGCAUCUAAGCUCUUAAUUGCAGUUUCAUUUGUAGAAAAUAAUGUUUACACACAUUGUUUUUUAUUUAAAAAGAAGAUACUUUUUAAUUAUUUAACAUACUUCAGCUUUAGAACAAAACAUUUUUAUAGUUAAAAUGAUUUAUUUAAAGAUGUGUUCUGUUGUAUACAUGUGUAAUAUAGUGAUUGUUACCUUUUUUUUAUUCACUUGCAAAUUUCAAAUGGUUCAGAUGUGUGUGGUUUAAAAAAAAAAAAAUAGGUAAAAUUUAGUUCUAUUUAGUACUGUGAUUCCUAUCAUUAAAGACCAUCUUCUUGAUUAUAAUCUCAAAAUAUUGUCAGUAUUUACUCAAUGAGAAUGAUGUUUGUGCAAAUAUGCACUAAACACAAAUAGGUACUGAAGUUGUUUUAAACUUCCUUAAAUAUAUUUUUUUUCCCUUCUGCUGUCAGAUAUGUGAAUUAUUGAUGUUACUGCAUGUGCCUUUCUAAUACUUAACACAAUAUAUGAUUGUAAAAAAAAAUUACACCAAGUCAGAUCAGUGCAACUUCAAAUAAAAUUCCAUAGUUUGUGAUUUUCUCUUAGUAAAGUCCUUUAUUACGUUUAAUUCAACUGUUUUUAAUAAAAUCCAUAAAAUGGUUUCAACAUCACAAAGAUACUUGGUGCACAAGAUAUUGAAAUAUUUGUUUUCAAUCUUUUUAUGUUGCAUCAGCUGGCUGCUAAUCUACGGCUGACCCAGGAACACAGAAUACUUACCUUGUAAAACUGUGCAUCUUUCCUCAUGUGAUAUCAGAGAAAAUAAAAACUGAAAGCUACACACAAGUACUUGUGGUUAUGUGUGACACACACACACACACACACACACACACACACACACACACACACACACACACAGAGUCAGAUUUUGCAAAAAGUAGUUGAAAUGGCUGAUUAACUGAAGGAUUUGACAACUGUGAUUCUCGGGCAAGGAGAACUAGAGUCUGUAAAAGUGGCCUUCAUGAAAAAACUGAUAGUGAGGCUGAUCAGUCAAGUAGGUCUACAUAAUUACAACCAGAUAAGGAGCCCUACUAAUAAACAUUACUACAUCUUUCAGAAUAAAAUUAAAUCAUCAGUUGCACAGACAUUUUUAUUUCUCUUUACAAGUUUAAACAAAUUAUUUUGUCUUCUUCAGAAGCUUAGUAUUGGUUUAGCAGAUGUCAAUAUCUUCUUCACUGAAGCUUAAUGCCAUGAUGUGUCCAAAACUGCACAUAUUCUAUGUAAUUUUUAUAACUACAGACUGAUAAAUUUACAGUAAAUGAAUCACAUCUGUGUACAUGUCAAGUUAUUGUGCCAACAGCAGGGAACGUAUAUAACUGUGAGGAAGAUAUUGGCAUCUGCUAAACCAAUAGUAAGUUUGUGAAGGUGACAAAUUAAUUUGUCGGAAUUUGUACACUGAAGUAAAAAGAUCUGUGCAACUGAUGACUCAAUUUUAUUCUGAAAUACACUGACUGAAAAAAAAUUGCAACACCAAAAAAUAAUAAAACCGCAGUAAUGAAAUUCUGGAAAUACAUUUCUCUUGGUAACAUAUGUGAGUGAGUAACAUGUUAAGACCACAGGUAAUGUAAGUACAAAAUAAGCCAUCGUGAAUGUGAAAUGCUGGUACACUAAUAACUAAUGUAAUUGCCAGUGUUGGAUGUGAGCUUCCAAAUGUGCAUUCUUUGUAUUGUACAGGUGGUGGAUGUCAGUUUGUGGGAUGGAGUCCUGUGACUGUUGAACUUGGUUGGUCAAUGUAGGGACAGUUAAAAGCUGUUUAUGGAUGAUGCUGGAGUUGUCAUCCCAACAGUGUCCCAUAUGUGCUCAAUUGCAGACAGAUCUGGUGAUCGAGCAGGCCAAGGCAAAAUGGCAACACUCAGUAGAGCAUGUUGGAUUACAACGGUGGUUUGUGAGAGCGUUAACCUGAUUGGAAACACUCCCUGGAAUGCUGUUCAUUAAUGGCAUCAAGACAGGUUGAAUCACCAGAUUGAUGUACAACUUCGCAAUCAGGGUGCAUGGGAUAACCACGAGUGUGUUCCUGCUUUCAUAUGAACUGCAACUCGGACCAUAAUUCCAGGUGUAGGUCAAGUGUGUCUAGCACACACAGGUUGGGUGCAGACCCUCAACUGGCCUGCUCCUAAACAACACACAGCCAUUACUGGCACAAGGCAGAACCAGUUUUCAUCAAGAAACGCAACAGGCCUCCAACCUGCCCUCCAAUGAACUCUAACCUGACACCACUGAUGUUGCAAAUGGUGGUGGUUUGGGGUCAGUGGUAUGUAUACUAUUAGGCGUCUGGCUCAGAGCUGUCCUUCAAGUAACUAAUUUUUAACAGUUCUUUGUGUCGCUGUGGUGCCAACUGCUGCUCAAAUUGCUGCUGCAGAUGCAAUAUGAUGUACCAGAGCCAUGUGACCUUUCAUUCUUGUGGCCAAUGCUGCCAGCAAUAAUGUACGGUGGCUACACUGCUGUCAAGCUUUUCUGCAAAAAGCUUCUCAUAGCCUUAUUACACAAACUCAUUUAACUUCAGUGAGGUGCUGAUAAAGGUGUUCUUGUUACCUUAAAGCCAUUCUUGACUAGCAUCUACUCACCAUGUCCAAUCUCUGAGGUAACUAAUGCUCAUGAUCGUUUCAACGUUUAUUUAAAGCAAACUUGACUUGCAUCCUGAUAGUGGUGCUACUAGCAUCACUCUUAUGCAACUGGCACAAAAUUGUAAUAGACAUCAUCUUUCAAAUGUGGAAACAUGUCUACCUACUUUCAUUUCUGUUGCGCAACUCCUCCUUGAUGUCCAGAUUUUUUUCCCUUCAGUAUAUACACUACAGUUGCUGUAAAAAUAACAGCUACAAAUAAAAUAAUAAAAAUUAAUGCAUAUGACACACACACACACACACACACACACACACACACACACACACACACAAUAUAGUGGCCAAGUGCAGAAGGUACAUUUAAAUUAAUUUGUUCCUACGGAUUGCUGCCGCAGUUUCUCACUGCUGUUAGACAGUGAACUUCGAAUGUCAUUAGUUUUAUGCCCCUACAUCUACGUGACAUUGCAUUUCAUUCUGCAAGCACUGUAGGUGCAGGAAGUGUACUUCAUAUAGCCAUUUAUGAGACUGAGUAGUCUCACUAAAUUUUGUCCGAAGCAGCUUAAUUUGUUGAACAGUACUUCUCCCACUGUGCUUUGGCUGUUUGUAAGACACACACUAUCUCUAGUCAUCCUCUGCACAGGCAUGGGUCACACUGUGCACCACUAUAUACCCUUAUGUGAGCGGUGGUGAUUCAGGCCAGGUGACUGCGAGGGCAAGGGAAUAAUUUCUUUCCCAUAGAUUCAUCAUCAAAUUACUCUGGUAACAUUCAACAGUGUCAAUGUGGUGUAUCGCUUUGCUAAACAUAUAGAUCUCCAGUGUUUCUUAUUGAGAUCGCCUAGGAGAUUGUUCUGUUUUUCCUUUGAGGCACAUUCUCCAUAGUAAGGGAUCACCAUCAGCUUCAACUGACCCUGUCUGUACAAGGCAUACUUUGCUUGGCACCUUCUGAUGAAACUGUAUGCUGUGGUUUGUUCACACCAACAUGCAGCAUGAUCCAUCUUUACACACAACUUUUUUCUAUGCUUAAAUCGUCCACUGUCAGUGGUCCUGCUCAUAUACUAACAAAUGACCUGUGAUAUGCUGUCAGCAAAGGUACACAUUCUGAAACUCACAAGGAGGCCAUAAUCAAAAAUACUACUGUUUGCAUGUAGUUGUCCAGGACUAAAUUUGUGAGUGAACUGAUGCAUUCUGGAUUGUUUAGCUGCAAGAAUCUGAGUGAACUGAGAGCAAGCCAGUCAUCCACACUUUGUUGGGCACCAUACUUUACCUUGACAGAGCAGUGACAGUCUCAAGGCUGGGUUUCUUGCAAUAAUUGCUUCACACAUCUUGAGAAACUACUCUGGUAGAAACUGUCGAUAACAUCACCGUUGAGCAUCAAUAAGCUGCUCCUCUGGUAGAAAUUAAUCAGUUAACAUUUGAGCUAAGAAUUUGCUGUAUUGUGAUUUGAUUAAAAAGAAACCAGUGAUUCAGGUCAUACACAACAUGUAAGAUCAAAGUGCUCACUGUAGAGCCUUGAACCAUGACGUAAGGAAAGACAACUGUGGCAGCAUAAAUUUGGAACUAUUUUCUGUAUUGCUCCAAAAUAUCUGGCCACGUACCUAUGCACAGAGUUCUUGGCUUUAGUUCAUUGUGUAUGUGACUAUGAUUUGAAAAUAAAUGAUCUCACAUCACCAGGA